CUGUAUUUCAGUUCGCGUUGCCCGCGGUUCACGUUAGCUAUUUUCGUUUUUCAUCCUGUGCUGGUUCAAAGUAAGUGGAUCGAAGCCAAGCGGAUCUUUCUCAGAAGUCACAUUGACUUUUUGGUCACGUUGGAACUGCGCCAAAUAAUGGCGACGGAACCGACAGCUGGUGCCGAUACGGAUACCCCACCUGCUGAGGUGACUCGUACUUGGACACGACUUACUGAAGAUAGGGGAGUUGUCUCCGAUGAAAUGAUGGCAGAACUUACCGAGUUAGCUCUUGAAGGAGAUGAUGAGGAAGAAGAGGAAGUGUAUAAUAGAGAAAAUGCCUCCACUGUGGUAAGCGGCCCAUUUUGA